AUGCCUUCCUACACCCAGAAGAACGGCGGCGGACACUCCGGCUGCAGCAUCAUGAAGAAUGGUGGCGGACACUCCGGCUGCAGCAUCAUGAAGAAUGGUGGCGGACACUCCGGCUGCAGCAUCAUGAAGAAUGGUGGAGGUCACUCCGGCUGCAGUGUCAUGAAGAACGGCGGUGGCCACUCCGGCUGCGCCAUCAUGUAAGAUGCUCUUGCGACUUACACUGGGAGGCCCGAGAGCAAAGCGCCGUACUUCCGGGGGCUAUAUCCCAUGCUUUGUCUCGUUUUCGAUACGCUCGCUUCGCCAACAUGAUAAUGUCCGACCUCCAUCGAAGUCCGGCGCAACUUCUUACGCCCCGCAGCCACUGCAACGAAUUGUCAUCCGGGCGAACCAGGCGCCCACCCCCCGAAAACCCUUUUCAGCGCCAUUCAUUUCUGCAAAAACAGUUCACCUUCACCCUAUAACGACAAGACAUGUUGCUGUUACGGGACGCUGUGACGACAUGAUAUUUGUCUUACUUCUGUACUCUGAAAGGCGGAUUGUUCGCAAGUCGAGCGUACGUGUCUCGGCACGAAUCCGUCAAUCACAAGAGAGGUUGAGUUUUGGGAUAUCAAGGAUACCAAGCAAGGCCCACGUUCAUAGCCCUCUCAAUAAAUAACCGAUGGAACCUUCACAAAGCGUCGUGUCAUGUAGAACGAUUAAGUUGCCAAUGCGUCACACCGUGAGCAGUUCGUGA